AUGGCCGAGGACGCUGCUUCAGGUUUGUUUGAUUUCGAUCUUGAUCACACUCCUUCGCAACCCUCAGAGCCCUGGACACCUCCCUCACAAAGCCUAGACGAUCCAGGACCUCGCUGGCAGUGCGCCAGAUGCUACCAUGAUAGGUUUGUCUACUCUGCAGCCCUUGACAGCUGGCGUUGCGCGCAGUGUGGAGGCUUUGAGUAUGAAAGUGUUUCAUCUAGUUCGACGCUGUCCUCACCGAGUACGCCUCCAUGGACCCCAGCUCGAGACGAUUCCGAUCGUCAUGCAUGGGACCUCGGACCUCCCGAUGACUGGUCCGAGGCACACGAAGCAGGUUCCGAGAGUCUGAUGACAAACGACCCUGAGGUGGAUCCAGAAACCUUGGAGCCUAACGAAGAGGUGAUAAACAACCACCUGAUCCUACAGUACGCCCUGGUCCUAACCUACCUGUUGGUUCCACCAGAGCUCAAGGCCUCCAAGUAUCUCCUGCCCCUCAAGUAUCACACAGUGUUCAAGUAUCACCUGGUCCCCUCGUACCACGAAGUGGCAAAGGAGUUGGAUCUGGAGCAGGCAGCGCUGGCCAUAGGCCCUUUGCAGGCCCUGACUUGCCACCUGAUGGUGGCGAUGGUGGAGGAGGACCUUCUUCAAGCAGCAGCUCGCAUUGGAACUCCCGCAAAGGGCCGGAGCCGGGACCCUCCUUCCUGGUCCUACAGUCGCGAAGAUCUGCGGGCGUUCACCAAAUGGGAGCGCAAGGUCCGUGUAUGGCAGGUUCAGAUCAAAUCCUAUCUUCCUGCCAACGAAGCUGCCAUGGCUUUGUAUGUGAGCCUCCGAGGGGAGGCGGAAGAAGAACUGGAGCAUGCAGAUUUGUCCUUGAUCAACCACAAGGACGGCAUCGACUUCAUCUUGGACUCUCUGCGUACCCCGUUGAUGACCCGUGCAAUCUAUUUGAAGCGUCGCUACUUGUCAGAGUUUGAACAGCUGAACCGCUUCUCUGGCGGAACGAUUAGGAGCUUCUGCAAUCGAUAUGCUCGCACCGAGCGCAACCUGAGAUCUGUCCAGAUCAACGUCGAGUCCAUGUACGACGUGGUGCAUGAUGAUCGUACAACACAUCCCAAGGGCAAAGGAAAAGGCAGCCACAAAGGCAAGAAUAGACCUCGCCAGACCUAUGUCACUGAGUAUGUCAAGAGCAUCCCAGAGGAAGAUGAAGAGGCAGCUGAGCCCUCAGAUGCAGAGCCAUUCGAUGGUGAAGAAGCUGCCGACGAAGAUGCACAAGAGUUCAAUGACGAUGAAGAAGCCUUGGAAGACCCUGAACAAGGCGAAGAAGAUGAGGAUGGCCUACAAGAGGUGAUCCAAUGCCUCACAGCGCAUUCUGCGAUGGACCAGAAGCUCACGGUUGAAGGCUGGAAAGAAUUUCGGUCGAUGGCUGGAUGUUUGCAAUGGGUUGCUUCGCAAAGCCGCCCGGAGCUCGCUGCUGUGACAAGCCUCUCGAACAAGGGAGGCGAAACAUGUUUCAGAGAUCUCAAGAACUUAGGUGAAGCUUUGCAGUUCACCAUGGCCACCAUGGACUCCGGCAUAGUGCUGCCUGGCAUUCACCUGAACAAGAGCACCAUAGCGCUGGUGUACGCAGACUCCUCAUGGGCAAAUGCCCUCAACUUCAGCAGCCAAUACGGCGUCUUGGUGACGCUGUGCCCUCCUGAGGUCACUGAGACUGUGACCCCUUGUGUUUUGACCGACUGGAAGUCGGGUCGCAGCCCUAGGGUGUGUAGAUCCACUCUGGCCUCAGAAGCCGUGGCAGCUGACGAAGGCACCGAUAGAGGAUGCCAUGUGAAUGCUUGCUUGAGCGAGCUUUUGUACUUGCAGCCAGCUCACAAAUUGGGCUGCAGAAUGCCACAGAAGCAGAUUUCAGAAUCCAAAAGUCUUUAUGACUGUGUGGUCAGUGAGAACCCAUCGGUCAGCGACCGAAGAAGCUUGCUCCAAAUCAGGAGCGUACAGCAGUCGAUAGCGCCCGCCGGCAUGCGCUGGGUGCCGACUGAAAAGAUGCACGCUGACGGCUUGACAAAAGAAGACAAGCGGUUGAGAGACAACCUACAAGCUUGGCUUCAAAGCCCAUGGUCGCAGUUGAGGGAGGCUGGUGCUUCGAAAGCAAAGACCAGUGAAAUUCACGAGCCUCAUGACGUGUGA